AUGCUGGAUCGUCACCAACAAUUAAUGUUGUGUGAUGCAAUAACAGAUCAAGAAGUCUAUGAUGGCCUAUGUGGAAUUGGCGAUGAUAAAUCUCCGGGACUGGACGGAUAUAAUGCUUACUUUUUCAAGAAAGCAUGGAGUAUAAUUGGCAAACAAAUUACUGGGGCAGUACUUGAUUACUUUGACACAGGACAGCUGAACAAAGGCGUUAAUUGUACAACUAUCACUUUGGUUCCCAAGGUCCCUAAUCCUACUACUAUAAAGGAUUAUCGACCUAUCGCUUGUUGUACCGUGCUGAAGCACAUUUCACUGAGAUGUAUGAUUAAAAUAGAUGUGAAAAAAGCCUAUGAUUCAGUGGAAUGGCCAUACUUGGAUCAAGUUAUGGAAGGCCUCGGGUUCCCUACAAAAUUUAGAGACUGGAUAUUUGGGUGUGUUAAAAUGGUGAACUAUUCAAUAGUUAUAAGUGGUGAAUCUACUAAGCCUUUCAAAGAAGAUAAACAAUUUAAAUACCAUCCAAGAUGUGGCAAGCUCGGCAUCACCCACUUAAGCUUUUCCGAUGAUCUACUCUUAUUCACAAGAGGUGAUCAUAAAUUAGUGGUAGAAAUCCAAGAGAGAUUCCUAAUCUUUUCAAAGGCAUCUGGACUCCAAGCGAAUUUAAAUAAAAGCUCUGUGUAUUUGGGGGGCGUUGAAGACACUAAAAAAGACCUGAUCAUGAGACAGUUGGGAUAUGCGGAUGGGGAAUUACCUUUCAGAUAUCUAGGUAUUCCCCUAGACACAAAGAAGCUGAAAACUACACAAUGA